CGUAGAAUCAAUGAACGCACAAAGCGCACCUAAGUGGAUUCGUGUGGCUAUCGUCGAACACACUUCGUUAGAAUAGACAACGCUUCGGUUGCAAGCAUCCCCUUCCGGUUCUCGGCACCGGCAAUCUCACGCGAAUGGCAGAAAUCGACCGCCGCUUAUCAACACGCAUUGUCACCAGCGGACAAACAACACAAAAGCCACCAACGUGCACAAUUGCGACGACGCGGAACGCACCAUUGCACAAUCUUGUUUACACUAACAACCGGCCCCUGCCCAGGUACCGAGGUGGGACUACUACUAAGGUGGGUUUAGUGUUCCAUUGUGCGUUGCCAAGUGAGGUGGUGGUCGAUCGUUGUGUUUAGCUGGACUGCAGAGACGCUAAAACAUGGAAGCGCAAAUCGAAUUCAUCAAGACGGAGCUGGUGCGGAGGGUGUUCGCCGAGAAUGCGUGCUUCCGGGGGUUGAGUGUUAUCAGCAGUGAGCUCACUACGCCAAAGCAGCUGGAUGGUUUCAUGUCCACCAUCCAUCAGCUGGUGCUCGUCGUACGCGCGGAAUCGAAACGAGAGGACAAAUCGACGAUACGGUUGCUGGUAAAGGUGAUGAAGGGAAACGAUACAUUUCGGAAGCAGAAUCUGGGUCAUGUCCUGUUCCCGAACGAGAUCAAUAUCUACGCCAACGUGCUGCCGGCUUUCGAUCGCUUUCUGGAGCAAUCCGGUAGUGCAUUGCGGCCCUCCGAGUGGUGUCCUCGUACGUAUCUGAGCGCGCAGGGUCACUUCCCUGGCUACAGCAGCACCUUCGAGACGUUCCUGGUGAUGGAGAACGUCACACCGAGGGGUUUUCGUACCGGACCGCGGCUCGAUCUGGAUGAAGCACAUCUAACACUGAUGGCCGAAGUGAUUGCCAAGUAUCACGCCUGCUCCUAUGCGAUGCGCAUUCGAGAGCCCCACACUUUGGAGCGACUCGUCGAGAAGAUCAUCCCGCUGAACUUCCUCCAGGAUGGGAAGGUGUUUUUCGAAAGCUACAACGUUGUGUUCCGGUUAGCGGCCGAACGUCUGUUCGCUUACGUCGACGCAAACCCGGACGAGCUGGACAGCGAUCGGUUCAGGAGUUGUGUCGACAUUCUGCGCACCAAAUACGGUCCCAAUCAGUCGCAGCUGAUGCAACAGUUUCUCGAGCGUGAUCCGAUCUACUCGGUAAUCCUGCACGGUGACUACAACCGCAAUAACGUGCUGUUCCGGUAUGUCGACGAUCGGCCGGUCGAGGUGCUGAUGAUCGAUUUCCAGGAAAAUCGCUACGGAUCACCGGCCCUGGAUUUGUCGUUCUUCAUGUACAUGAACAUGACUCCCGAGCUGCGGGAACGGUUCUGGGAUGAGCUGCUCGCACGCUACCAUCGCCAGCUGAUGCGAACCCUUUGCGAGAUCCUGCAGUGUGCGGAAACGGAUGAACGGUUGGCGCCCUACCGGGAGGAUCUGUUCCGGCAACACUUUGCCCGUUUCGCACUGUACGGUGCGAUGGUAGCGUUGAACUUUAUACCGUGGAUGAUGAGCCCCGAGGAGGAGUGUGCCGAUGCUGGGGCAUCAUUCGAGCAGGAUGUGCAUUCCGAGGAGUUCCGUCGCUGUACGCUUAGCGUUGGUGGGGAGCCGGUUAAUCGGCGUAUAACGGCCGUCAUGCGCCACGCCUGUAAAAUGGGUUAUAUGGACAUGAUGUAGGAGAGAGCUAGCGAUGAGCUAGCGACUUAUGAGAUGUUUAAGCAUAUUGCCUGUUUAAUGUUAUGUGGAUAAAUAUUUGAGAUUACAUUAUUUGAAUAAACUUAUCCAGCAAAAUAUAGCGA